UCCUCCUUUUGCAGGCUGAAAAAUAACUCGUUAUGGCAGAUAAAAUACACACAGUAGUUCUAGUGACAUACACCUAUCAAGGAAAACAAAAGUUGUACAAUCUGGAGUAGAAAUAGGCCAUAUCGUAAUUCUGAAUCAUGUCUGAUAACGGAGAACUGGAAGACAAGCCUCCGGCACCUCCUGUGAGAAUGAGCAGUACCAUUUUUAGCACAGGAGGCAAAGAUCCUUUGUCAGCUAAUCACAGUUUGAAACCUUUGCCUUCUGUUCCAGAGGAAAAAAAGCCCAGGAAUAAAAUCAUCUCUAUAUUCUCAGGCACAGAGAAAGGAAGUAGGAAGAAAGAGAAGGAACGGCCAGAAAUUUCUCCUCCAUCAGAUUUUGAGCACACCAUCCAUGUUGGCUUUGAUGCUGUUACUGGAGAGUUCACUGGCAUGCCAGAACAGUGGGCUCGAUUGUUACAGACUUCCAAUAUCACCAAACUAGAGCAAAAGAAGAAUCCUCAGGCUGUGCUGGAUGUCUUAAAGUUCUAUGACUCCAACACAGUGAAACAGAAGUAUCUGAGCUUUACUCCUCCAGAGAAAGAUGGCUUCGCUUCUGGAACACCAGCACUGAAUACCAAGGGAUCAGAAACAUCAGGAGUAGUCACAGAGGAAGAUGAUGAUGAUGAAGAGGCUGCUCCUCCUGUUAUUGCCCCACGACCAGAUCAUACAAAAUCAAUUUAUACACGGUCUGUAAUUGACCCUAUUCCUGCACCAGUUGGCGAUUCUAAUGUUGAUAGUGGUGCCAAGACUUCUGACAAACAGAAAAAGAAGACCAAAAUGACAGAUGAAGAGAUUAUGGAAAAAUUAAGAACUAUUGUGAGCAUAGGUGACCCUAAGAAAAAAUAUACAAGAUAUGAAAAAAUUGGGCAAGGGGCUUCUGGUACAGUUUUUACUGCUACUGAUGUGGCAUUGGGACAGGAGGUUGCUAUCAAACAGAUUAAUUUACAGAAACAGCCAAAGAAGGAAUUGAUCAUUAAUGAGAUUCUGGUGAUGAAAGAAUUAAAGAAUCCCAACAUAGUUAACUUCUUGGACAGUUACCUAGUGGGAGAUGAAUUGUUUGUAGUAAUGGAAUACCUUGCUGGGGGGUCACUUACUGAUGUUGUAACAGAAACCUGCAUGGAUGAAGCACAGAUUGCUGCUGUAUGCAGAGAGUGUUUACAGGCAUUGGAGUUUUUACAUGCUAAUCAAGUGAUCCACAGAGACAUCAAAAGUGACAAUGUGCUUUUAGGGAUGGAAGGAUCAGUUAAACUUACUGACUUUGGUUUCUGUGCCCAGAUCACUCCUGAGCAGAGCAAGCGAAGUACCAUGGUUGGCACACCAUACUGGAUGGCACCAGAGGUGGUUACACGGAAAGCUUAUGGCCCUAAGGUGGACAUAUGGUCUUUGGGUAUCAUGGCUAUUGAGAUGGUAGAAGGAGAACCGCCAUACCUCAAUGAAAAUCCCUUGAGGGCCUUGUACCUGAUAGCAACUAAUGGAACUCCAGAACUUCAGAACCCAGAGAAGCUUUCCCCAAUAUUUCGGGAUUUCUUAAAUCGAUGUUUGGAGAUGGAUGUGGAAAAAAGGGGUUCAGCCAAAGAAUUGUUACAGCAUCCCUUCCUGAAACUGGCCAAACCAUUAUCUAGCUUGACACCACUGAUCAUGGCAGCUAAAGAAGCAAUGAAGAGCAAUCGUUAAUAUCAUUGCCACAGCCUCGUAUUCUUUUUCCAUUUUCUAAAAGAAGUCUUUUAAUAUAUGAAAAUUAUUACUCUUUUGGGGUUUAAGGAAAUGGCCUGCAUAACAUGGAGGAAAAAAGCAAAGUACUACUUCCUGAAGACAACCAAGUGAAAAUUGCAAAACAGAAUGACAACUUUCUAUUGAAUCCUUUCUUUAGGGUCCAAAAGGAAUUGUGGACUGAAUCACUAGCCUUACUUCAUUCAGCAGACUGCCUGUCAGGGCCAUUUAUCAUGCUUGAGAUUUGCAUUUUAUUUUGCUGACUUCAUUGUAUUAGAUCCCAUUCAUUGUCCCUUUUGGGGUAUUUUCAGUACUUGAAUAGUAGAUCUCAGUUUUUCAGAGUAUAUGUUUCAUCUGCUAGUCUUCUUUCUCUUUGUAGCUUUUUUUUCCCUUGACUUGCUCCUUUUGAGUUGCUUUGAGAAGUUUUUCUUAGGCCUAAAUUUGAGGCAAGUUUGAUAAAAAUUAUGUAGCUCCUUAUAUUGGCAAAGGAGCUUAAUGUGGUUUAACUUUGUAUAGAAGUUAGAACCAGCUAUUGUACAUGUAAUAUUUUAGUUCAGAAUUUGAAGUCGGGGGAGGGGUAAAUGUGUGAUUUUUACCUUUUUUAACAAAUGUGGAAGUCAGUUUUAGAAAUUUCAUGGUAGUAAAGUAUUUGGCAUUUGUUACAUGUAUAGAGAGAAGACUAAUCUAUAUUUAUAACUAAAUCAUUGAUUGAAACAGAAAAAGAAUCCAUUGACUAUACAUCUUUACAAUUUUGUUUCCUUUUUGACUGUUUUCAGAUUUGGCUUCAGGAACCAGUGAUUUGUUCUUGUUCCAACUUUUGUUAGAGCCGCUACUUGCCCCUUCCCCUUUUCCCUUCAUUUUGGAAAUGAGUUUCUGUAUAUGUUGUAAUUUUAGUUUGUAUUUUAAUUAACCCUCUCUCACCCUACUGCCCCCCCACAUGGUAAAUAAUACAAUAACCAUUGAAUUUUCAGAAUUUAAAACUUAACUAUUUUUCCAUUUGAAGGAGAAAAUAUUUGGAGCCAGUAGAGACAAAGUGAGAGACUUGAACCUUAGUGAGCUCUAAAAUAAUCAGGUGAGAUUAUAUUCAUGAAAGAGAAUUGUCAGUUACAUAGAGAUGCAGCUACUGACCAGUAAACUGUAGAGAUUUGUCAUAAACAUUGUUCUCAACCCAUUACCGACAUUUUACUGUCUGAGAACUUAAGUAACAAAGGACUUCUUGAUAAAUUCAUGGAUCAUUUGAGAUGUUAAGUUACUGUAGAUUUUUUUCAAAUAAGUAAAUAAUAUUCAUGUAAAAAACUGGAGAAAGGAAAAAAAAUGAAAUGUGCUUCUUGAUAGCAAUACUUUUUUUAAAAAAAGAUUUUAAAAGGUCUGUGACCUGUAGCAUUAAUUAUUAGAGCGCUCUCUCUUCUCUUCUCCCCUCCCUGUCUCUUCCUGCCUCCUAGGUC